AGCCAGCUCAAACCACCCCACAGGGGGCCGUCCGCCAGACAUCGUCCCACUGGAAUUUGGGCAUAGCUGCGCUCCAGAAUGCUGGGCACCCUGCUGGCUUUGGCAGCUUUCCAGGGCGCCGAGCCCCUGGAGACCGCGGCGCCGGAUUUUUCUCGGGCCGCGGGGCGCCUGCGCUGGAUGUGCCGCCAGGAGCGGGCGAAUCCGCCCGCGCUGGUGUCCUCCUGGGUGCGGCAACGCUACGAGGUGCUUGGCCUUCACGACCUGCCAGAUCGAGGUGACCCCGGAGAGGAGCUUCAGCCGCGCCGGCAGCCGGAGGCGCGGGCGAAGGCGGGGGAGCUCUUGGUGACCUGGAGCACCAGCCAGGACUUGCCCUCGGUGUUGGCGCAGUUCGUUGCUGGCCAGCUGUCACCCGAGCAGGUGUGGCAGACCUGCGCGGCCCGCUCCCUCGCCCGGGCCUUGGAGGGCGUGGCCGAGGCGGACUGCAACUUCCUGGCCAGCGCCUACCUGGUGAAACACCAGCGCUGGGAGGCGGCGCGGAGCUGGUGGAGCUUCUCCCUGCUGCAGCGCCGGGCGCCGGGCGCGCUCGCGGUCGGCGCAGACGGGCAGCCGGAGAUGCUCGACUUGGCCAAGCUGCGGUUCUGGGAGGAGCAGCUAGGCUUCCUGGCCCGGCGCUUUCCGCGGCUCGCGGAGAGCGCACAGAAGGCGGCGGCGCUGCGGCGCGAGGCGAGCCGCUGGCUGGCAGGCUCCCUGGACCGCGAGAGCCUGGUGGCUGCGGCGAAUGCCUCCCGCCCCGUGCUGGAGCUCCACCCGGGCUUCCAGCUGCCGAGGCCAGCCUUGGACGCCUUCCGGCGCCCUUCCCUCGACGCAGUGCUGGAGCCAGAGGUGCUGGCGAGGCUGGCGGAGCUGCUGCGCUCCUCCACGGUCUGGCACGUCUCCCUGCCAGGAGCACUGGAAGCUCAGCUCCGGGACGGCUUGCACGCGCCGCCGCUGCUGGAAUUGGGAACGGAGCUUUCCGGGGCGCGAGGCCUGCCCCUCACAGACGUGAAGGCCCGGGCGUAUCUCGAUUCUGACGGCGCCUUCGAGUGCUUCCCCGCCCGGCGUGUGGCGGUGCUGAUGCUGGGGGACGGCCAUGAAGGGAAUUUGAGCAUCCGCUCAAGACGAGGCCGCUGCUUUGACCAGGAGGCGGAGGCUACGGGUGUGGCGCCAUCAGGCCUUUCAGUGGGCCGCUCAGCGCUGCUCCACGGCGCGGACGAGCACCAACUCCGCGCGCAACGCGCCGGAGACGGCUUCAUGCACCACAUCCUGGUGCUCUUUUUCUACCUGGGCCAAGCUCCGGCCACGUCCGAGCAGCUUGCAACGGCGUCCUUCCAUGAGCACGAUGCCUCCAUCAAGUACGACGCCGGCUGAGGCCGUUGCAACCUCCCAUCAAGUAUCAAUCCAAUGCGCGCAGCCUCUUGCGUCUUUCCUCUCCGCAGAAGGAUUGGGCAGCCGCAGGGGGGCCAGGCGACACUGCGUGCGCUAACCCGUUGGGACGGCGGCACUGACGCGCAGCCUCAUGUCGGGCCACGAGGAUUUGGCGGACAGGGCUUACCUCAAACUUGAGGGGAGGGCACUGAGCCCAUCUUGGGCGCUGCUAGGGCUCGCGCUUGCGAGCUCGCCGCUUGACGUGGCGAGCAUGCCGGCCGCGAUGGGUGCAGAGCGGAUGGGCUGCGAAUUGCAAGCCGAGAAAAGGUGAGGACCCGCCAGCGUGCAGGGUUCUGACCUCGAAUUGGC